AUGUGUUUAUUACUUGUUUUUACAGCGAACUGUGUCCUUCCAGCACAUCCAUCUAACGUGGAUUGCUACACUACAGCGAUAGAUGGAUCGUGUAACGACACAACCGUGGUGACGUCACCCGGCACUGUGCUGGCGACUGGUGAUUUCAUAUAUGUACAGUGUGAUAAUGGUUCUGUGUCUACAAAUACAGGGUAUAGCUGCUUCACAAUUAUGGGUACAUCUAGUAUAGCCCCGAGGCUGGGUGAUUCCGCUUGCGCAAGGCUUUGUCUGGAUCCAGGAAAUCCAAGUUUAGGAUCACGAAGUCCAGAUCCAACGGUAGAUGGUUCAUAUUAUGAGACAGGUGACCAGGUUACGUUUACAUGUGGUGUUAAUACCACGACGUACGGUGUAGACACGUUCACGUGCGACGACGGAAACUGGACAGUCGGGGGUAAUAUACAAACAGCUCUUCCACCAGAAUUAUGUUUCUUAAAUUGCCAAAAACCCGACACUCCAGAAAAUGGCAAAGAAGUCGACGGUGCAAGUUACGUACACGCGGGUUCCGUUGCUUACGAGUGUGACGGAGGGAAAACUAUGAUAGGCAGUUCUACUCUGACGUGUUAUAAUGGAACAUGGGAUAACUCGGUACCUUUAUGUCGAAGUACUAUAAUUACUAAAGUUGUGACGACAGUCAACAGUGGCCUACCUUUGAUACCGACACAAGAGUCAACACUUUCAUUAGUUGUGGAUGCUACAAGUAGCAGUCUUGGAGCUGGUGCUACUGGGAGCAAUCUUUGGGUUAUUAAAGUGUUUCUCAGUGAAUCCAAUUCUGGCGCUACACGAUAUUUGGAAUCCGAUUCCAAUUUAUCUCAAGAGGAGACAGACCAGGAUCUGACGCCAGGUGGCGCUAUCACAUUCGAUUUUGAUUACGCGGUGACCCCUGAAACAUGUGCUACGUACGUAUGCGCUGAACUACGACAGGGCUCUAACACAAAUUUCACGCUUGAUGGAUUUGAUGGUGACAGUACACUCGUAGGAUGCACGACAAUAACAUGUGGAUGUCCCACACCCGGCACUUUAAAAAAAAGAGUACAGAUUAUUUCCGGUUCAGCUCCAUAUAAUGAUGGCGAUAUUUUAACACUUGCAUGUGACCAGAGUAAUUCAACCGAUGGUUACAGUCUAUUUGGUGGGCCUGAAUUGAAAUGUGAAAGUGGAAUGUGGUCAGAGAAUCCAGAGUCCGCAGUGUUCUGUUUCGAAAAUUGUCCAGACCCAGGAGUACUGACGAACGGUAGCGUGACUUGUCAAUAUCCAAGCCUAUGCUACGCUGCAACUACGCAAAUUACACUGUCAUGUGACGACGGCUUUCAACUUGUUAACGGUCUUGAUACGUUUACAUGCCAGUUAGAUUUUACCGAUCUUUCUGUAAGGUGGAACCCGGAAUUUAAUUUUUCCACCAGUAAUCCAGAGUGUCAGCGGAUAUGUGAAGACCCAGGUAACCCUGAUAACGGAGAAUUAGUAGGAGGUUCACUUCCUGCAAUACCGGGACAAACAAUAACGUACGAGUGUGGUACAUUGUACACGAUAUCAUCUGCUGCUGCAUUACAGUGUCAAGAAGAUGGGUCAUGGGAUAAAGAAGUACCAGUUUGUUAUGGCAUAUGUGAAGACCCAGGUACACCUGAUAACGGAGAAUUAGUAAGGCACAUGUACACUUCCUGCAAAACCGGGGGGAACAAUAACAUAUGCGUGUGGUACUGGAUACACGAUAUCAUCUGCUGCUGCAUUACAGUGUCAAGACGAUGGGUCAUGGGAUAAAGAAGUACCAGUUUGUUAUGCGAGCUGUAUGUAUAAAAACGUAACUAAUCUGGAAUGGACUGAGUCAAGGGUCACGUACACACACGAAGAAUACAUCACACUAAGUUGCACGGAACCUGCAUUAAGAGAAGGUCCUAGUACUGUACAAUGUCUGAACGGAACGUAUGUUCCAGAACUUCCAGUAUGUGAAGGUA